UGCGAUCGCAAUUUAAAAACCUUACCGCAUUUUUCUAACCGUCUUGAUGAGUUUGUGCGUAUGUCGUUAUUUCUUGUCGAAUAAUUAAUUUCUCCUGACGUUUUGUGAGGAAUAGGAUAUGUGUACAAUAUGAUUCUGCCUGAGUGAAAUGUUUCUCGAACUUGAAUCCUUUUCUCGUGGCUCCAAAAGCAGUAUUUAAUGAUUUUUUGAUUCAUCGAAAAGGACUUCAGAGAAGCCGGAGUCCAGUGUAAAUAAACAUGAGUGAUUUAAUAGAGUGGAAGAGUCCCGAUACGAAAAAUGGUUUGAGGACAGAACUCGCUUCUCCAUUAAUUCCGCCUCCUGCAGGUUCAGGAAGUGAAGAACCAACUUCAGUCACAAAUGGCUUACCGAACUUGAUGUCAGGCGAGAAGCGUCCUAGUUUGGACAACAAUCCCUUCGACCAGGUCUUUAAAGAAACUGCAGAGUAUGUUCGAAAAAGGGAAGACCCAUUCGAAAUGGUUCUGGAAAACGUUUCCAGUAGCAAAAAAACAAAACGACACUCGGUCGACUUCCAGGACGAUUUUAUCCCAAAGCACACAAGGUACGCGGAAGUCCUAAAAAUGAAUAAAACCCUGGACGAAUCAGUGCUUGACAUCGAUUUAAACUCUUCUCGUUUCUGCCUCGAAGAAAACAGUAUCAUUGGGGAUCUGAACAAUACCGAUUUGUUAAACGAAAAUUCCAAAGACGGGGCUGUGCCUGAAAUUGCAGUUCACGCAGCUAGUCCAAUAAACACUUCUAUUUUAAAUUAUUCUGCUAUGAACGAUUCCCUCACUGGCAAAGUGUCCAGCGCAAACGCUGAAGAAACCGCAAUCAGAUCUCUCGUCGCUAAGAGAGUUUCAAUGUGUAUCCAAAAAGGAAUUAUGGAUGCAGAACUCAUGUUGAAUCCCAAUCAAAAAUGUAAAUUAAUAAAUGGUAGACGCUGUCUCUCACAAACCGAUGGGCUUUCCCCGAAGAGAUUCGACUUUAGAAAAAGAUCACAUUCCAUAAUAGACAGGAAGAGAAGUCUUUCCAGAAGUGAGCAAAACACUUUGCCCAGCUUGUCUUCUAUGUAUUUCGAGGAUCCAAUGAAUCAAGGUUUCUGCGAUGAACAAUACAUUGGAGGCAAUUUAUAUAAUUCCGAAUUUAAGUUCCUAAACUCUAAAGACUAUUCAUCAGUGUUUUCCGAUCUAUCUAACGUCUCCGCAAUAACAAGUCUUGGCUCAAAUUCUUGCAACAAUUCCAUUUUUAACGGAGCCAUGAAUCAAGGCUUUUUUUGCAACUGUACUUUUCCCAACUGUCAACAUUUUCCAGCAAUCACACUGUCUCCUGCGAAUUCUCGGGGGAGUAUUCGAAGCAGUUCAGCAAGCACUAAUGGCUCGUUGAAUGCCUCCGAAAGUGCCAGGAGCGACCUUUCUGAUCUGAGGGAAAGAUUCAAUGCUCUCAAGGUGAAAUUGUCGGACAGUUCUCCAAACGACUCGAGCAAUACAAAGGGAGACAUUACGGAAUUGUCAGAAAAGUUUAGGGAAUUAAAAUGUAUAAGUGAAAGUGGAAAUAGUGAAGAAAAAAGCAAAGUUGAGUCCGAGGGAGAAAAAGAAAAGCAAGAAGACAAGAAGGAUGAAAAGCUGAUAGAUGUCGAGGUUUUUGUUCCUUCCGGUGGGUCUGCAUCUUCAGGAACAGAGACAUUUUCGGGCAGCUCUUCGGAUUCUGUGUUCACUAUUAGUGGAGGAGAUAAAUCGAUUAUGAGCGAGGCGAGAAAACUUGCAAGAACUUUCGAAGAGAUGGCAGAGAACAAGAUAGAUUCAGAUGGAUUGGACCUACUCUCCAAUCACACCGAAUUUGACUUUGAUCAGCUGCCAGAUUCGGACGACGAAGUCAUCGUCGAUAAUCUGAUUGAUUUGCCUCCAUCGCCCUUCAAACCAGAAGCCCCUCCGAAUUCACCAGCGGAAGUCGAGAACGGAAGUCCACCGGCUGACGAAUCUUCAGAAGAGAAGAACAAGAUUAGGAUGAAGGAAAUAGAAAUGGAGUUCAUCCAGCCCAAGGAUCCCGAGAAAAAGAUCAAGGCUACUUCUCUCUUGUUGGAACUCGAGAAAUUAAUCAAAACCGAGCAGAAUCCCGACGCUGAGAAAUUAUUAAUUGAACUCGAGAAAGUCCUGGGCGUAAAGUGGGAAAAUAAUACUGAAUUGCUGGGAACAUAUUUGCAAAAUGCGAAGAGUAAUCUGCAAAUUGAUAAAAUUGGGAUAGAUGAAGGCGAGGAGAAAAAGGAUCUAGAGAAUAAAGAUGUAGAAAAUAAGGAUAGUAGCAAUAGUGAUAGAGAAGACAAAGAGAAUGAAAGUAUUGAUGUUAAGGAGUGUAAAAAGGAAAUGUUCAACAGGGGAAAUUCAUUUGUGAUUAAGAAGGGAGGACACGAUGUUAGGAAAAUGCAGUAUCCUGGAUUGAAUAGAUCCAUUUCUAGUAAAAGUUUGGAUUCGUCUUUGAAGGUGAAAUCAGUUCAUGAUGAUUCAGCCGUGAAUCAAGUGGCAAUUAGAAACAAUUCCCAGUUAAUAAAAGAAAAGAUAAAGUUACAAAUCCCGGGAGUGAAAAAACGAUUCUCAAGCGAUCCUAAUUUUGUCGAUUCCAUAUCGGAAAAUAAGCAAGCUGAUUCUACUAGGAUAAUGAAGAAAUCUUUUUCCUCCAAAGAAGUUCGAGAUAAAUUAAUUCCUGCGCCGGAAAUACAGAAAAGCACGAUUUCGUAUAUGACCGAUGCUCUCCGGAACAAAUUCAAGCAUAAAUCCGACACGGGAGUUUCUAAAAGAGGACCGAUGAAAGCAACGAUAUCUUUUGGAAAUAUGCAUAGAAGAGGAUCAAUUGGGAAGAAGACCUCCUCGGUGGCAGAACCAGAAACGCCGCCAAAAAAGUCGCCCGAAGGGCCUCCUGUUUAUAGUGCACUUAGCAGCACACCUAAUUCGUUUACUAGACCCACAUUUUACAAAAAAUCGAAAUCAAAGCCAGUCGCUUCUUCCACUCCGGAUUCCAAGGAACCGUGUACGCCAUUCAUGAAACCACCUUCACCUCGUAAACGCAAUUUUUCAUGGAAUAUUUCUCCAGUUCCUACGCAUUCAAAAGCGAAUCAAGAAAAAUUGGGUUCAAAGGAUAGUCCAAAAGGCAGUAAAAUAAAUGCAUCUCCAAGGAGGCCAAGUACUCCGAAAGCUCGAAGACCUCCAAGUACACCUUCGGGAAUUCCAAAGUACUCCCCGAGACCUCAGAUGCAAAGAAGGAGGUCUUUAAAUGAUUUAAAUAAGUCAGAAAUGCGUCCAGAAUCGCCUCAAGCAGCUGCAAAGUCUUCGAGUUUUCAAAAGACUCCAAUCUCUACUAAAAAGGUCGAAUAUCAACCCUCUAAAAGCCCUUUGAGGAAUUUAAAUAAAAUUGAAUUUAAGGCCAAACCCUUCAACUUGAUAUCAAAGAUGCGUAGACGCGGCAGUGAGUACACCGAAGCAGAAAAAGAAAAUUAUUCUUGAUGGUAUAGACAUUUUUAGGAAAGAAACUUUUGAGAUACAUUCCCGUUCUUUACUUUAUAAGUGUUUCCGACUGUGAACUGUACUUCGUGAUUAAAUAAGGCUCGUUAUUACAAUUCUUAUGAGGUAUAAGGGAGUUUGAUUUUGAUAUAUAUAUAUAUUGAUCUAGGUUUUCUACUGUUUUAAAUAAAAUUCAC